GAAAGCGAACUUAUUGGUCGUUUAUUGUUACGGAUUCAGGCAAAAAUAUCGGGGUGGCACAGGGCUGACCAUAUUGGCACGACGAAGGCGAGAUUGGCAAAGUCAAGGCAAUUUUCGGAACUCAUUUUUAAGGAUAUCAUCAUGGUAUCAUAUGCAUCAGAAUCAGUCCUUGAGAGCUGCCCAGCUUUUAAAGAUGGCUGUCCUUAUUCUAAGAUUACACAAGACCUUUUUGUGGAAGAAAUCAAGAAAUGCCCUGAGUUCAAACAAGGGUGCCCCUUUAAGAACACAGACAAUGUAAAGGAUAUCCUGAAAGAACUUUCCAAGAUGCCAGAGAUAAAACAUCACUCAGGAUCAACACAUGAACAUCUACUUAACAUGCUGAAAGCCAUUCACACGGAGUCUAAAAAGCUGGAAGAGAAGGUUGGAGAGUGUCCUGCAUUCAAGACAGAGGAAGGCUGUCCUUUCAAAGAUGCCAGCAAGGAAGGAAAACCUUUGAUAGACCCACCAGCAGCUGUGUUAGAAGGUUUUACUGCCUCUGAUGUCAGUAAACUGAAGGAGAAGUGUCCUGCUUUCAAAGAAGGGUGUCCAUUUGCCAACAUGGAUAAUGAAGUUCUUUUGGAAAAAAUUAAGAAAUGCCCUGAGUUUAAAGAAGGAUGUGCCUUCAAAGAAGCCAAAACAAUCAAAGAGAUCUACAAUAAGCUGUCACAGAUGCCAAGCAGUGACAAGGACUGCCACCAUAAAGAAGCUCUGAUGGAGACCAUGAAAGUCAUUCACAGUGUUGGCCAUGAGAAAGCUGACAAGUGUCCAAUCCUUCUGAAGGACGGUUGUCCAUUCAAAUCUGUUGAGAGUGAAGGAAAGCCACUUUUCAGUCCAGCAGAAUCUGUAUUGCCCUCAGAGUCUGAGUCAGAAGAGCCUUCUACCCAUUUUGUUAACCUCAAAGAUUUAAAAGAAACUUGCCCAGCAUUUGCAUCUGGAUGUCCAUUUGCAAAAGUUGGUGACAAACAGUUGGAUGAAGAGCUGAAACAGUGUCCUGAAUUCAAAGAUGGAUGCCCUCAUAAGGACAGUGAAACUAUUGGAGAUAUUUACAAAAAGCUUGCCAGUCUUCCAUCCUUCUCUGUGCAGGGAUCACAUGGUGCUAAGCUCGUAGAAAUUUUCAGGUACAUACAUGAAGUGUCCAAUGGACUGAAAGAGGAAAUGGGUGAGUGUCCCAUGUUUGCAACGGUGGAAGGAUGUCCAUUCAAGACUGUCUGCAGUGACGGCAAACCACUGGUUGACAAGCUGGAUGGUCAACGUUGGACCAAGAUUUUCCAGAGUUCAAUUGAUGACAUCAAAGAAGAUGUCAAUAAAGAAAUUGAGAAAACAGAACCAUCUAUUCAUCUGUCAAAGGAGUUGAAGAAAGGCACCAAAGUUAUCCACAGAGAAGCAGAAAAUAUUCACUUUGUAAAGGAGUUUGCCAAGGGAAGGAUUGAGAGACAGUGGUAUAAAGAACUUUUGGCUGAUCUUUACUUUGUGUACAGAGCACUUGAAGAAGAGAGUGAGAGACAUAAAGAUCAUGAUCUGUUCAAAGCAGUGCAUUUUCCUAAAGAGCUUGGUCGUUUGCAGUCCUUGGAAGAAGAUAUGGAGUUUUAUUUUGGCGAGGAAUGGAAGGAGCAAGUUCCAAUGUCUGCAGCUACAAAAGCCUAUGUUGACAGAAUCCAUGAAGUAGCUGACAAGGAUCCAGCUCUGUUGAUAGCUCAUCAUUACACCAGGUACCUGGGGGAUUUGUCAGGUGGACAAAUUUUAAGAAAAAUGGCCACUAAAGCUAUGGAUCUCCCAAGUACUGGAGAAGGAGUGCACUUUUAUGUCUUUGAUAACAUUCCUGAUGCUAAGAAGUUUAAGAACAAGUACAGAUCCUGCCUUGAUGAACUCAGCAUUGACAAAGUGAAAUCAGAUGAGAUUGUUAAAGAAGCAAAUUAUGUUUUCCUGCUCAACAUUCAUUUGUUUCAAGAGAUAGAUGAUAUGGCUGGAUUUGAAGAUCAGGUUACCAAGAAGAAAAAGAAGCUGACAGUUGAAGAGGUUUACAGUAGCAUUGACACCAGUAAAGAUCAGGCUCAUGGGGUGUGUCCAUUUGCAGUCAUGGCCAAAAAACCUGCACAAGGAAACACAACAGCUCCAAGAAGUGAAGGAAGGAAUGUUCAUCCAGUGCUUCUGGCAGUAAUUAUUGCCAUUGCAGCCAUUCUGCUAGGGCUGGUGUUCACCAAAAUAAUGUGAAACAGUACAAUGUUGUGUUGCUUGUAUUAAGAACAGUGCUUUCAAAACAAAUUUAUAUGACAAUAGAAAAACAUUUUGAUCCUUGAUUUAAUUCAGAUUAACAGUUUUAAUAUUAUAGUUAUUAUUAAAUGAGAGUACAAGAUCAAGGUGUUCCAUAGUGUAGAGGUUUGAGUGGUGAAUACAGGUGAUCUCAAGUGAGGAAUUGAAGGUAUCAAAGAACUAGUUUUUUGCUUUUGGUAUUUUCAAAUUUAUAAUUUUUGACCAUCAUGGCUAACUUUCAGUAGAAGUAAUUAAAGCAUCCAACUAAAAAAUAAUUUUUGAAUAUGCACAGUGAACUUGAUGUUGCCAGAAUAGGACACUGUCAUGAAGAAAAGUUAUUUUAGUGAAAGUAAGUCAAUGAAUGAAGACAUCAAUAAAGAAACUGGAUGAUGAUUUUUUUAUGAGGACUUAAAAGAAGCAGAUGAUCCUAAGGGGUUAUCAACCCUACUGCUGAAACUCUAGUAAAGACAAGUACAUUUAGAUUCAGAAUUUUGGGCAAUGAUGAUGCAGUAUCAUUUUUCUACAAUUUAUAAUUCCUUUACAUGUUUAUGGGAGUUUUUAAAUUUAGAGUGAUAGUUUAAUGUGCAGCUCUCAUAUUAUAUUGAAGAAUAGUCCUGACAUUUGAAACAAUUUAUAUAUAUUUAUGUAAUGAUUUAAUAAAUGCUAAUCAGUUAAUAUA